CUAACCAGACGGAAGUAGAUGGUUCACAUGUACUUAAUUGCAGCACCACAUUUCUGAACCAUGUACUCUGAGCAAUAACACCCAGCGAGUCGCGAUGGCGUACGCGACUACGCUUGUCUGUUACGCUUUAAUCAUCGUCACAUUAAUAGCGCUUAUACAAGAGUCAUGGGCUGGGGUUGACCCUGCCAAGCAGCGAUGUGCGUUCACACGGGGGACGUGGUGCACCAACUACGCACAGCAGGAGCUUGUGCCAUGGAGACCGGCGCCUCGCGGCUCCAAGGAAUGCGAGGGCGGCUGCAACAACGUGGGGAGAUGCAACUACGACACAGGGCUGUGCGACUGCCCGGCCGGCUGGACGGGAGCGGGCUGCAAGACUCCUCAGAAGCGGCCAUGCACACAUAUGCAGAGAAAGGGCGACGCGGGCGAGAACGCGACGGAGCCGUAUUCACACAUCGGACCCGAUGGCCGCGACCUGGACUGGACCAACGUGCCCUUCCCGCAGUACUAUUCCAGAUGCGGAGGCAUAUGCGAUGACGAGGUGGCGAUCUGCUACUGCGACGGGCCCAUGGGCCGCAUUCCCGCGCCGCCGGGGUCGCCACCCGGCACGCCACCACUGCAAGUGGGGCGGCCGCUCAUGACCAUGGCACACGCGCCCAAGACGACUUGGGACGGCCGGAAAGCGUUUGGCGAAGUGGACUAUAAGCUAGUGUACGGCCCCAAGGGCUACUGCAACGUGACUGACCCGGAGUGGGUGCCCAACUGCGGCAUGGAUGGGUUGGCCGGCCGCACCUGUGACUCGCCCAUGGAGAUGUUCUGUCCGGGCAGUUGCGCGGGGCACGGCCGGUGCUACCUGGGAUUCUGCGUCUGUGAUGAGGGCUACUACGGCCACGACUGCGCGCGGCGCAAGGCCGGGAUGCCGCUGCUGCCCAGCCGCAUCCCCACCACGCCCUGGCUGGCAGAGGUGGUCCGGGAGCCGCCUUCCGCCUUGGAGCCGCCGCCGGCGCCAACCCGGCGGCGGCCGCUGAUUUACGUGUACGACCUGGAGCCCAUGUACCAGUCCAAGAUCCUGCAGUACAGGGUCACGCCGCGCUGGUGUGUGCACCGCUGGCACGUGUGGCCCGCCAACCACACCGAGUGGACCGACCUAUGGGUCUACGCCAUGGACACGCUGCUGCAUGAGAGCCUGCUGGGCAGCCCCCACCGCACCUUUGACCCCGAAGAGGCGGAUUUCUUCUAUGUGCCGCACCAGGCCUCCUGCCUGCCCUUCCCCAUCGGCGCCUGGGCGGACUUUCCCUGGUUCCCCGACGCUGGAGGGCCCCGCACUCGGCAGAUGCUUAAUCUGGUGAUAGACACGGUGCAGUGGAUCAACGCCACCUUCCCGUUCUGGCAGCGCCGGGGCGGCCGGGACCACAUCUUCACGUUCACGCACGACGAGGGCGCGUGCUGGGCGCCCAACAUUGUCAACAAUUCAAUCUGGCUCACACACUGGGGCCGCACGGAGCUCAACCACACGAGCAACACGGCCUAUCUGUUGGACAAGUACGACCGAGACACGCCCACCAUCCUGCAGCCCGACGGCUUCGUACACCUGUUCAAGGGCCACCCCUGCUACAACCCUGAAAAGGACCUGGUCAUCCCGGCCUUCAAGGCGCCAGGCCACUACGCCAGCAGCGGGCUGGUGGGCGCGCCCACUCGCGAGCGGGACCUGCUGUUCUUCUUCAGGGGCGACGUCGGCAAGCGGCGCCAGCCCAACUACAGCCGCGGCGUGCGCCAGGCCAUCUACCGCGCGGCCAAGGCGGGCGACUGGGCCGCCAAACACAAGUUCUACAUCGGCGGCCACGACGACGUCAAGGGCGAGUACAGCGACAUGCUCAGCCGGGCCAAGUUCUGUCUGGUGGCGCCAGGUGACGGCUGGUCGGCGCGCAUGGAGGACGCGGUGCUGCACGGCUGCAUCCCGGUCAUCAUUGCGGACGGCGUGCACGCAGUUUUUGAGUCCAUUUUAGACAUUGAUGGCUUCGGGCUGCGCAUCCCACAGGAGCAGGUGCCACGCAUCCUGGACAUCCUGCUUGCGGUGCCGCCGCGCGCAAUCCGCUCCAAGCAGGCACACCUGGGCCGUGUGUGGCAGCGGUUCCGCUACGCCUCCAUUCCGGGUCUGUCCGACGAGCUCAAGCGAAUGCAGUUGCACAACCAACCGCGGCUGCAGGCGGAGGCCAUGGCGCUCGCAAACAUCACUGCCGCCGCGGAAGCCGGUGGCGCGGCGGCGGCGGCGCCCAAGCUGCCGUUGCCGCGCCCCUUCGCCGGGGACCCCACCGAGGAUGACGCAUUCGACACAAUCAUGCAGUGGCUCUACUCGCGCAUACCGCACACGCGCGGAUAACAUGGUCUUUGUGCACGAGAACAAUAUGACUUAGCGGUGUGUUUGAACGAGGAGUACAGCAUUCUUUCGCUGGUAUCCUGCACAAGCGGCAGGCAAGUGUAACCAACAACAACAAAAAAAAACAAAAAAAAAGUGCAGUCUGCGCCCGGUAGGAACGCAAUACUGUGCGCGCGAACGCGUGGGCUGGGCGCACAUGGAUAGCAAAGUGGUGAACGACAAGAGAAGCACAGGACGAUUGCUAUGACAUAGCAGCAGCAAGGAUGAAGGCGUGGUGUUUUCCUGGCUGCUGGAGCAGGUGGCGGGCACAGGUGCGAACUACGGAACCAAGAAGCCUGGCCUUCGCCAUGAAGGCAAACGUUACAAAGCGUGAGAGGCUGGUCUUUGCACGGGCGAAAGCUGGGAGGACGUGCUCAGGUGCAAGGCUGCAAGCACAAUAUAACACCUGAACGGAGACACUGGCACGGCAGACGUGCCAACAGACAU